GAUGCUUCUCAGCUACGGGUGGGAGCGGUGCGCACGACCGAUUUCUUGGGAUUAUUUUCGUCCCGUCAGAGGCUCGCUAUCGACGGACAAAGGCUUCUGGAAAUGUGGGCUUCUCGUCAGAGUCAGCUGGAAGUGGACAGGACGACUGGGAACACAUUGUGAGAGGGAACCGGAGUGACUUCGAGGUAAUAAGACCCCCCGGGAGAGUGGAGAUCGGCGGGUGUUGGAAUCUCAACAUGACACAUAAAGAACGAGUAUCAACAUGAUCUUUGGAUAAUAAUUUUAAAAAAAGAAAGAAAAGAGAGAGAGAGGGUCGCAAUCGGCAGUUUGCAAUGAAGUGAGUGGAAGAGCGCACGUUCGGUAACUUCGCCAUGAAAUCAGUGUUCUUCAGCCGAUUCUUCAUCCUGCUGCCUUGGGUCCUAAUAGUCAUCAUCAUGAUCGAUAUGGACAGCAAAAGAACGAGCUGGACUCCGAUCGAUGUCCCGCGCGGCAAGCUCGGUGGCUCCAAGAACCAUUCUGCCCUGCCGGUCAUUUACGCCAUAACUCCCACUUACACGCGCCCGGUGCAGAAAGCCGAGCUGACCCGAUUGGCCCACGCGUUCCGUCAGGUUCCCCAGUUCCACUGGAUUGUGGUGGAGGAUUCCACGGUGCGCACGGAUCUGGUGAGCCGCUUCUUGGCUCACUGCGGUGUGCCCUAUACGCACUUGCACGUCUUCACACCGCGCAGGUUCAAGCGCGCCGGUAUGCCCCGUGCCACCGAGCAGAGAAAUUUGGCCCUGGGGUGGCUCCGGCAACACCGGACACGCCGGGACGCAGGGGUGGUCUUCUUUGCGGACGACGACAACACUUACAGCCUGGAGCUGUUUCAAGAGAUGCGGAACACUCGACGUGUAUCUGUGUGGCCAGUGGCGUUUGUAGGUGCCAGAACAUAUGAGCGCCCAAUAGUGGCAGGGGGCAGAGUUGUGGGCUGGUACACUGGCUGGAGACCAGAUCGUACCUUUGCCACCGACAUGGCAGGUUUUGCUGUGAACCUCCAAGUCAUCCUGGCCAAUCCAAGGGCACAGUUCAAGAGGCGCGGCAGCCAGCCCGGAAUGCAGGAGACCGACUUCCUCAAGCAGAUCACCAAGGUGGCGGAGUUAGAACCCAAGGCCAACAACUGUACUCGGGUGCUGGUUUGGCAUACACGAACUGAGAAGCCACACCUUGGAAAUGAGUCUAAACAUCCUAAGGACACUGUAGUCAUCGAGGUGUGACCAACAAAGAGAAGAGUAUUUUAAAACAAAAAGGCAUUCGGGAUUCCCAUCAUAUCGGAGCUGGAACUCGCUGGUUGCAUACAGCUCGCUUUCUUUGGUGAAUAACGACAUAACACGGAGGAAGUGAAUCAGUCCGGACAUGUCAACAGGAACAGUGAGAGCUCCUCUAUCUAUUUUCAACACCUGAAGGAUGCUUCGGAGCUGACAGCGAGAGAGUGGAGUCAAUCCCAGCUGACCUUGGUCCCGGACUGCCCAGCUAUCAAUUAGAGAGCCGCAAUGGAAAGUCUGCAGCGUUAACCUCUACACCACCCAUGACCCCAAAAGGAUAAUUGUAUAUUUCUUCCGUCCAUGGUUGUUUAAAAAAGAAAACAUUGUGUUCAAGUGUGAUUAUUUUUGAAAGCAUUACUGUUGGUGUACUGUUGCUAAACAAUCAAGAUUUGUGGUCUGUGUAAAAGUACUGGGCAACAUCGUUUGACGUAGCGACUGGAACAUUUCUCAGCGAUACUGAUAAUGAAAAUUUGGGAAGUGCAUGACUUCACUUUGUUUGAUAAUUGUGUCUUUCUUUAACUGUAUCGACAUAGAGAGAAAACAAGUUCAAGAUUUGGGUCAAGCAGAGUGCAGUUUGCCAUAAAGCAAUCGUUACUUGAUUGUAUCUGGAAGCAAUUAAGGCAAGUUGGAUUUAGUUCUAAAGAAGGAACCACCAAGCGAUAAGGAUCGGAAUAAAAUCCAUAUCAAAUGUUCCAGGAAAUAUUAUUUUGCUGAAUGUAAGUAGGACUUUGAACAAUCCAAGAAAUAUUGUCAUCCAAGAAGACCUUGUCAAAUACUUGUCCAUAAUCUAAGAGGGAGAACUCCGAUGCUUUGCCUUCUUCUCAAAUUCCUACUUUCUUGUGAAGUUUCCAGAUAUUAAUGUUCAGAUCAUAAAACAGUACAAGACAAAGAUUUGCUUUAAUUCAACAACAUGGGGACCCAAGCGCAUGAAGGGCAGUUUUAAGGAUCGGAUACAAGUCCAGAAUUUAACGAGGCCAUUCCUAUUAUUUUUCUUUCUUUCUUAUUUUUAAAGCAUUUAAGGUUGCAAGUAUGUUAUGGAUUGUAUUCCUGCAGCAGAAUUCAAAGCUGGAGGUCAGAAAAUGAAGGCUGAACAUUCUCCCUGAAGGUUUUUUGAUAAAGGACAGAAUUCGACCUUAAGUGAGGUGCGGGAAGCUUGCAGCAUUUUAGAUGUGGUCUUGGGUUCCUUUGUGACCUCCUAAAUGAGUCCUCACUGUGCUCUUGGGGUCAUUUUUGCUCAUCCCUGCGUCACAUUUUAUCCAUUUGUGAAUAACGGCUCUCACUAUGGUUUGCUGGAGUCCUAACCCAUUAGGCUUUGCUACUCUUCUCAGACUGAGAGAUGUCAUAUCAAUUAUUUCUCAUCCGUUCUCAAAAGUAUUUGGAUUACGGCAUUUUAUUGCAGUCUUCUGGACGAUUUUGUUUUGGCUGACAGGUUGUAGCUAUUUAAUGUUUCCUGGGUCGAUCAGGUCUGGAGGUAAUCAGGCUCGGAUGAGGUAAAAAAAAAAAAUAAGAGAAGUUAAAUUACGAAGAGUGUAAAUACUUGUUUGUUCUUGUAAGAUUAAGAACAAAGAGGAUGAGUACGAAUUUUUGACAUAUUAAGCAGAAGGGCAGAACUAAAUCAAAGAUUUUGACACUGAUCCGCAUAUCAUUUCACCUUUGAUGAAGUGGUUCAUUGUAUUGUUUUGUUGGCUGCUGAUGUCCCAUCAAGACAGUAAGUCAAUAAAGUCACUCUAUUUUUUGUUUCUAAGUUUCACAAAAGCUGCGAUCUACUGUAUUUCAAUUUGUGAAUGUAAAACCAACUAAAGUGACUAUUUUGUGGCUUAUGCCCAAAUAGAAUGCUCGGUACAUAAUACACAAAAAAUAUUUGUCGUCACUUGAAAGGUCUCACAACAAAAAAGAAACAAUGUGAUAUUUUUAGUAGCUUGUCUUGAAUCUAUCUUCCAGAUUCUGGGAUUUCUUUACAGUAUUCAUAAUGAAUAAAAUAUUAAUGAGAUAACAGUUGAACGACGCCUAAUUACGUAUUUGCACUAAUGCAAUUGGAAGACAUCAGUGUGUGCAGUAAAUACAGCACUACAGGAUGAAGUAGUGAGCGUACAACUACAUUUAGGAUUCAACAUCCUUUAUUUCACGUGUUCUGCUGGUAAAUGCUGGGACCAAUACAAAUAAAAUGGAAUUCCCAAACAACAAUACAGUACUCACACAAUGGGGUCGAAGUCUUGGACGACAACAACAAACAUGGAUUAAUUGAUACACAGGAAAAUGUUUUGUAUUAAGCACCAGAAAAUGUAAACACAAAUGUAAAUAAACCCGGCGGGCGUGUCAUAUGUUGAUGUGUCAUCCACACUAACCAUGUUAUUAUGUUUAUGAAUAUGUAUUGUGUGGCAGAGGAACCCUGUUACAAGUGAAUGAGAUUCUCUGCAUUGGCGUGGCAGAGAAUAUUUCAAGUUUUUUCUGGUGUGUGCAUUUGUACUGUUGCUUUUACUCUCAACGACAACAAUGCAAGCAAGCAGACAUUUUUCGCCAUUAUGUGAUUUGUCGUACAGGUUUACUCGUGUCACAGUAAUUGUGCUACUCUUGUACCACACGCAACAACACACACAAUAAAAAAAAAGGAUGCCAGAA